CGCAAGCACCGAAGAAGGUAAGAAACCAGAAAAAGAAGCCAUGGCCAGUACUGGUGCUCCUAUGUCGGCCGGCGCAGCCGUAGAGAAAGAAGAAGCUGUAGCAUCCGCGGUCAUCGCCAACCCGCAUGCCGACCUAGCGGAGAUCAUGCCAUCGCUGCCCACUGCGCCGGGGUUCCCCCCGUACCGGCUGCGCCGAUACGGCGGCUUCUGGCACACUGACCUCUAUCUCAAGUUCAUCGGCGCGUCGCACGCGUGUUUCAAGCCGCGGCCCACCGACGUGCUUCUCGCGAGCUUCCCCAAGACCGGUACCACCUGGCUCAAGGCGCUCGCGUUCUCCGCGCUCAACCGUGCCGCCCAUCCGCCGUCCGUCGGAGCCGACCACCCGCUCCACCGCAACAGCCCCCAUGACCUCGUCCGCUUCCUCGAGCUCGCCGACCAAGACGACGAUGGUCUGAUCUACGAGGAGAUCCCUUCUCCCCGGCUGCUCGCCACCCACGUGCCCUACUCCCUGCUGCCCCGCGGCAUCACGGGCACGAAGGACGGCUCCGGCGGCCGGAUCGUGUACGUCUGCCGGGACCCCAAGGACACGUUUGUAUCCUUCUGGCACUACCACGAGAAGACCACGGCGACACUGCAGCGGAUGGCCGACGUCGGCGGCGCGUCGGCCGCCAUGCCGACGUUCGAGGAGGCGUUCGAGCUCUUCUGCCAGGGCCAGAGCGUGGCGGGGCCACAGUGGCGCCACACGCUCGAGUACUGGGAGGUGAGCCGCCGGAGCCCCGAUCAGGUGCUGUUCCUUAGGUACGAGGACAUGCUGCUUGACCCGUCGGGUAGCCUGAUGAAGUUGGCGGCGUUCAUGGCAUGCCCCUUCUCGCCAGAGGAGGAGGCGGCCGGCGUGGUGCGCGACAUCGUGGAGCUCUGCAGCUUGGGUACGCUGAAGGGGCUUGAGGUGAACAGGAGAGGGAGCACGAUGCUGGGGCUCAAGAACGAGGCCUUCUUUAGGAACGGCACGGUGGGGGAUUGGAGCAACUGCAUGACGCCGGCCAUGGCGGCGCGGCUGGACGGCAUCGUCGCCGAGGCGCUCCAGGGGUCCAUGCUCACCUUUGGCGCUUCCUCCAAGGAUGAAGUCUAGCUCACCCAUAUUGUUGAAUUUAUGUAUUUUUAUUAUGUGACUACAACAUUUUCAAGCCUUAUCCUUGGCCAUCA